UGUCUUAUUUCAUUGUUUCUGUCUGAGUUUGUGUAGUUUGGGUACUAAUCCUGUAUUGCAAUCAUUCAGUCCCCCCAGAUUUAAGAGCACAUGGGCAGUCGCAGCUCAUUCAGCAGCGGCUGUAGAGAGGCAGGGAAGCAGAAGAGCUUUGCAGAGAUGGCGCCUGCAUCAGAAUGUCAGACACUUAGCAAAGACGAUGUCAAUUACAGAGUGCAUUUCCGUAUGAUUAACGAACAGCAAGUGGAAGAUAUCACCAUUGAUUUCUUUUACAAACCGCACACCAUCACGCUGCUCACUUUUACGACAGCCAGUCUCAUGUACUUUGCUUUUACCAGAAAUGAUUCGGUGCAUGAAGACAACCUUUGGGUAGGCAUGUUCUUGGUGAUUUUCUUCUUUCUCAUCAUCAGUGUUCUAGCAUUUCCGAAUGGGCCGUUUACAAGACCACAUCCAGCGAUAUGGCGCAUGGUUUUUGGUCUGAGUGUGCUGUACUUCCUCGUCCUGGUGUUUGUACUCUUUCUGAACUGGGAGCAGGUGAAGGGGGUCAUGUACUGGUUGGACCCUAACCUGCGCUAUGCCACUCGUGAAGCUGACAUCAUGGAAUAUGCUGAAAAUUGCCAUAACAUCACAUGGGAGCGGAUUGUCAGCCAUUUUGACAUAUUUGCAUUCGGGCAUUUCUGGGGAUGGUCCAUGAAGGCCCUUCUGAUCCGCAGUUAUGGUCUUUGCUGGACAAUCAGUAUCACAUGGGAGAUGACAGAGCUUUUCUUCAUGCACCUGUUGCCUAACUUUGCGGAGUGUUGGUGGGAUCAAGUUAUUCUGGACAUUCUUCUCUGCAACGGGUGUGGGAUCUGGCUUGGAAUGACUGUGUGCCGCUUCUUAGAGAUAAGGACUUACCACUGGGCAAGCAUCAAGGACAUUCACUCCACCACAGGAAAGAUCAAGAGAGCCGUGUUGCAGUUCACUCCAGCCAGCUGGACCUAUGUGCGCUGGUUUGACCCUAAAUCAUCCUUUCAGCGGGUGGCUGGAAUCUACCUCUUCAUGAUAAUCUGGCAGUUGACAGAGUUGAAUACGUUUUUCCUGAAACAUAUCUUAGUGUUCCAAGCCUGUCAUGCACUGAGCUGGUGCAGAAUUCUAUUCAUUGGCAUCAUUACAGCCCCCACAGUACGGCAGUAUUAUGCCUAUCUCACUGAUACACAGUGUAAAAGAGUUGGAACUCAGUGCUGGGUGUUUGGUGCCAUUGCAUUCUUGGAAGCCCUUAUCUGCAUUAAAUUUGGGCAAGAUCUGUUCUCCAAAACUCAGGUCCUUUAUGUAAUUCUUUGGCUUGUGUGCAUGGCCUUGAUUACUUUCCUCUGUUUGUAUGUGAUGGUUUGGUACGCAGAAUACACUGGACAGAGGUCACAGACAUAUUCUGAGAGUGAAGAUAGUAGCUACCUUGAUUUGCCUGGCUACCAGUAUGAUAAUUUAAAAGAUGAACGUGACUCUGAUAUUGCUUCACACUCCACUGAGCACAGCACAUCAAGACGGAGAAAGGGAUCUUCCAAGGCCAAAGCAACCAAUGGAGUGAGUGGCAAGAAAUAAGAGGACACAAUGUGAAGAGAGUGCCAGACUGUGCCUAGACGUAUAGAAGGGCUGAAGAGGGCUUGGGACACGUUUUUGGAAUGCAGUUAGCAGUGUGCACGUGGAAGUGAGACUUGAUUUAAAGAAGAAAAAAAAGCCAAGGGCUGGAAACUUCAAUCAAUUUAGGUCAUCGCUCGCUCUUAAAUUCACCAUUCAUAGGUCUGUUAUUAUGUGUUGGGUUUCCUGCGAUCACCUCUAAUUAUCUAAUCAAUAAGUGUGUGUGUGUGUGUGUGUGUUUUGGUUUGUUUGUUUUUAAGCAGCAAAGCCGCUUUUAUAAAUUGGGAGAUGAUGCUUUAUUGGCAGAAUGCUUUGAUCAAGCAGCUGCUGUGACAUAGUUGUGACUAGUCUGGUUUUAUUAAUUUUGUGUUUCUCUCCAGACAAAUCAUGGUAAAGCACUUUUUAACUAGCAUCUACGCUUUUUUUUUGCCUGUUACUUUAAAAUGUAUAGCUUUGUGUACGGACAGAUGCUUUCUAUGAGCCUGAGUCACUGAGAUGAAAUUGUUGUCAUGUUACUUGCAAUGCCAAUUACUAUACUGUAAGAUGGAAGACUUGUCAGCUUCAUUUUCAUGUUCAGAUGUUUAUUAUAUUUUCCAUUAAACAUUCCAUUAUGUUGUUUUAACCUCUGAAUGAAUUAACCCUCUUUGACUGGCUAAUCCAAAGCCGAGGAAAUGGCUGAUUUAAUUAAGUGAACCCCUACACCAAGACUUGCUACACCAGUUACUAUAUAAAAUAAAAUAAAAACUCCACCAAGACUGUCUAACCCAUGCUGUCCCGUGCAGAUGAAAACUAGAGGGAUCGAGGUAUAUCUACAACAUAUAUUUGUAUUAAUUAUGUUAGCUCAGUGUGGUACACCAUUAAGAAGGUAAAAUCUAGGAUAUAAAUGUUAUGUAUGUAUGUAUUAUCUGUAAAAGUUAGUUAUGUUCGCUCCAAGCCGCACAUCUUUAAAUAACAUGCAUAUCACCAUAGAACUAUAGAGAGCACUUUGAAUAUUGUGCUGAACCUAUACCUACCCUUGGACAAGGGAUUUAGUGUAAGAUAUUUCUAUUAAAGUUAAAUAGACACUCAGUUGUUACAUACAGGUUGUGCGUUUAGGACAAUAAGCACUUUAUGCUUCCUAUGCUAUUUUCAAAAUGCAGUGUGUAAAAGCCAUUACCUUAACGGUGCCCAUAUAAAAAUCACAUUAGCAGUGGGGGUCUGAUUGUAGUGCAUACUUGUUGUAAAUGCUGUCAUUUUGUUGUGUGCUCAAGUGUAAGACCUACCUCCUUUAUAAAUAAAAACCCUUUAAAAGAAAUCCUAUAGAGAAACUUUUGAUCUAACCAGCUUAGCUUUGUUUUUAGUUUUAUUCAAUUCAGUAAAACUUUAUAUAUAUAACACGCAUAAAUAUGAGCAUCACUUUGUGAGCCAAAACUAUUGUAGGAGACGAUUUUAAUGAGUUUCGCGGGCAUAACUACUCUUAAUUGCCUAAAUUAGACCUGCAGUUUACCUGAGGAAUUGCAUUAAAUAAAUAAAUAAAUACAAAUUCUGUGUAUUACAUGACUUAUUUAUAAAUUAUUAAAAGAAAAACAGACUAUAGAUAGGCAAAACUAUGACAGUCCCCUAAAAAAGUGUAUGUAAAUUAAAAUACAUAUCUUUGUAUUUCUGUUUGCAAAGAUUGUUUAAAUAUGUAAUAUCUAAAAAAUAUAUUAACGUGGAUAUCAUCAGGUUUACGUGUUCACAGUUUUUUUUUGUAAUCCUUAUACUUUGAGUAACAUUUUAGUUGGAUCUGAAAUAAAUAUAUAGUGCAAUAUGAGAACAGGAGCCCCAAACAUACAUUUAUUCAAAGUAUAGGUUAUGUGGUGAUGAAAAGUUACAGUGGCUGUACACUGUUAGUUUUUUUUUUUUUUUUUUUUUGUUAGGUUUUUUAACAUAUACGUAAAUCAUUAAACAAAAGCUUUGAAACUCAACUGGAUUUAUUUAAUUUUUUUAAAGCAAGUAAUUUAUGAGGAAGUUUAAGUUUAGGAACCGAGUUCAGCAAGACACUUUCCCAUCUGUGUUUUCAAGGCAGAACUUGGUGCCUACAAACUUCAUUAACCUCCAGUUUGGCAUGGGCCAGAUUGUCUGGUUGCUUGAAGCCAGCUAUCCUUUCCACAGGCCAUAGCUGUGUACAUAUUGAUGGGUUUUAGAGCUGCAGUUCGGACCUCAGUCCUAUUUUAUAUAAAUCGCCAUUCCGGUUAAUAGAUGCAAUUCCACUGGUUCUUCACAUGAUCUGUAAAAUAUUGAAAGCGUACUAUUACUACUAUAUAUGCAAGUGUUGUGUGGCUGUAGAUGUUUUGUGACAUCCAGUGUGUAUUUGUAAAACAUUUGUCCAAAGUCCACUCUGUUUUAUCUUUUGCAUGUUACUUUGGGCAAGAUUUAGGACAGCAUAAUGUAUAUGUAACAAUUAACUCAGAAAAGUGAGAAAAUGUGUUAAUCAGAAAAUUAAUGUAAAAAAAAAUGGAUUACUGAUGGUAUGACCCUGUUGAGUGAAUGUGACCGGUAUUGGCAUGUCUACACUCCAGUUUCCUUAAUAUUUCACCAAAACUGCUGCAUUGUACAGGGUCUGUGCCAAUGACGUAUGGUUUUGUGUUAUAAUUCUCUGCAGAAUUUGGAAGGUUAGUUGAUAAUUUUAGGCAGGAUCUGGUUGUUCAUAAGGUACUUUUUACAGUCGGUAAAAGAUUUGUGAUAAUCAAUAAAUGUAUCCAUGCUGUAUUGACUGGGUAUACUCUUAGGCUGUUACAAACUCGGGAGAAGCAGUUGAGGCUAUGAAAAACAUGUACAAGCUACCUAAUCCAUCUGUGUGCACAUAAAACUUGCCAGUGGAUACAUUUGAUGCUGACAGAAAGUAAAAAAAAAAUUAAAAAUCAAAACUCAGUUUUAAAUGUUAACAUCUGGUUUGUAAAGGGUGAAUUUAUUGAGCCCAAGGAACAGUGUUUGCUGUUGUGUUGAUUUUCAAAUAGAACUGUUCCAAAACCACUUUUACAUGUGUUUGUAUGCUGUGUGUUGAAUUCAGGAAACAAAAACAAAAAAAUAUAUACUGUUGUAAUACAGGUAGCUGUAUGUAAAAUAAUGCCAUAUAGUGAAUAACUGGCUAUAACAUUAUGUGGAGCUUUAUAUAUGUAUACAGUAAAACUGUGACUGACUUCUCUCAGGAAAAUGCAAACAAGUUUGUGAUACUAGAAAAUGAAUGACUUUGACUUUGAAAUAAACCUACGAAAAUAGCCCUGUCCACAUUUCUUCUAUUGACAGUUUUGUUUUAUGUUCAUCUGUUUACUGCAGCAAUUUGAUGUAUUUACUUGCUUACCAGAUCAUUUAUUAAUAUGUGUCAAACUUAAAUAAAAUAGUCAAACACCUCA